AUGCAUUACACUUCAGUGAUUAGCUCUAUUAUCCUGGCCGCGUGUGUCAGCGCCCAAGUGCUAGAUAUUCCAGCCGUGGAUGAGAUUGUCAGCUCCGCGUUGAGUCCCUUUGCCGACUAUACAGCCUACCAUGGUCCUACAGGGAGUGCCUCGGCAGCCCUGAGCUCAACAACAGCAGAAACAAAGCAACGCAUUGCCUCUGUGCAGGCUGUUGCUGAUGCAUCGUACUGGCUGGCGGAUAUCACUCACCAAGGCAUCGCCGCCUUCAACACAAACCCUUCUGGCUACAAGGUCUUUCGCAAUGUCAAAGACUACGGUGCCAAAGGUGACGGUGUGACUGACGACACGGCUGCAAUCAAUGCUGCAAUGAGUGAUGGCGGCCGAUUCGGCCCAGCGGAUCGAAUGACCUCUACUACGACCCCGGCAAUCGUCUACUUCCCAUCUGGGACAUACUUGAUCUCCUCGCCCAUUAUUGACUACUACUUCGCUCAGAUCAUCGGCAACCCCAAUGCCAUCCCCGUUAUCAAAGCCACAUCUGGUUUCACAGGACUGGGCAUGAUCGAUGGAGAUCAAUACCAGAACGACGGCAACCAAGGCUGGAUCUCGACAAAUGUAUUCUUCCGACAGAUUCGCAAUCUGAAGCUGGACAUGACCGGCAUUCCCGCCAGCUCGGCUGCAACUGGCAUCCACUGGCCAACCGGCCAAGCCACGAGCAUCCAGAAUGUGCAGAUUGUCAUGAGCUCUGCGUCGGGGACACAGCACCAGGGUAUUUUCAUUGAGAACGGAUCCGGCGGCUUCCUAGCCGAUGUGACAAUCACCGGUGGUCUGUAUGGCGCAAAUAUUGGCAAUCAGCAAUUCACCAUGCGGAACCUGGACAUCUCCGACGCCGUGACGGGGAUUUCUCAGAUCUGGAACUGGGGCUGGACCUACCAGGGCCUCACGUUGACCAACUGCACAACGGCAAUCUCGAUCAACAACGGCGGCGCCGGUUCUCAGCUAGUUGGCUCGGUAAACAUCCUCGACAGCACCAUUCGCGAUUGCCCCAAGUUUGUGGCUUCUGCAUGGCAGAGCUCGACUUUCACCAAUGGCAGCCUAAUCCUGGAGAAUAUCGCCCUUGACAACGUCCCAGUCGCGGUGCAGGGUCCUAGUGGCACUGUCCUUGCUGGCUCAUCGAGGACUUUGACUAUUAGCGCCUGGGGCCAAGGCCACAAAUAUACUCCGAACGGUCCUGCCAAUUUCCAGGGCUCUUUUCCUGCACCAACGCGUCCGAGUGCAUUGCUUGCAAGUGGGUCUUCUAGAUUCUAUACCAAGACAAAGCCGCAGUACGAAGCGUCGCCGAUCUCUUCGUUUGUCAGUAUCAGAAAUGCGGGUGCCAAGGGUGACGGCUCAACCGAUGACACGAAAGCCAUACAGUCUGCGUUGACUUCCGCCGCCUUGUCGGGUAGGAUUGUCUUCUUUGAUCAAGGCGUUUACAAAGUUACCAAUACCCUUUAUAUCCCGCCUGGAUCUCGCAUUGUCGGAGAGGCCUACGCUGUCAUAAUGGCCAGUGGCAGUGUCUGGUCCAGCAUCACCAAGCCGGUUCCUGUGGUUCAGGUUGGCAAGUCGGGAGAGUCUGGAUCAGUUGAGUGGUCCGACAUGAUCCUGAGCACGCAGGGCUCCGCACCGGGAGCCGUACUUGUUGAGUGGAAUCUAGCAGCAGAGACAGGGUCCGGGAUGUGGGAUGUCCACACCCGUAUUGGAGGGUUCACUGGCUCUAAACAGCAGGUGGCUCAGUGUCCAACUUCCGUAGCGGUGUCCACAGCCUGUGAGGUCGCCUACAUGUCAAUGCACAUUACGGAAACAGCCAGUGGGGUUUAUCUGGAGAAUGUCUGGCUGUGGACUGCCGACCAUGACCUUGACAGUCCAGACGAUGUCCGGAUUUCCGUCUACACAGGCCGGGGCCUGCUCGUGGAGGGAGAAAACAUUUGGCUCUAUGGAACUGGAGUUGAACACCACUCACUUUAUCAGUACCAAUUUAACGGGGCCAGCUCAGUGGUGGCAGGCUUGAUUCAGACAGAAACCCCGUACUAUCAGCCGAAUCCCAACGCUGCCAACGGACCGUACCCAACUAACUCCGGUCUCAACGACCCGGACUAUACUAGCUGCCUCCCUGGAAACUGCAACUCGCUCGGUCUGCGAGUUGUCGACAGCAAGGAUAUUGUAGUCUAUGGGGCCGGUCUAUACAGCUUCUUUAACGACUACAGCACUACAUGUUCCACGUUUCCUCUCCCUGAGAACUGCCAGAGCGAAAUCUUCAGUGUCGAGGGCACCACCAGUGGUCUGGUGGUGUAUACGCUCAGCACGGUUGGCACGAUCAAUAUGAUUGUCCGAGACGGGACGUCUUUGGCGAAGGUCAGUGACAAUCUGGCGACCUAUGCUGCCACGAUUGCAUAUUUUACUCUGUAG